ACUAUUCUCCUUCAGUGACGUCACAUGGAGGAGCAUUGAUUGUGUGGCACCUCACCAGCAGUGUCAUGGCCCCUUGCAUGCUGAACUAAACCGCCAGACAGCUCCCUCGCCACUCAGACACCGCCCAUCCACGCCACCUGUGACCCUGGAGCUCCAGCAGGUUACCCAGGCACAAUGGGGUCUCUGUUUCGUAGUGAGGGCAUGGCCCUCUGCCAGCUCUUCCUGCAGAGUGAGUCGGCCUACACCUGUGUCUCUGAGCUGGGUGAACUUGGACUAGUACAGUUUAGAGAUCUCAAUCCAGAUGUCAAUGCCUUCCAACGAAAGUUUGUGAAUGAAGUCCGCCGUUGUGAUGAGAUGGAAAGAAAACUCAGGUACCUGGAACGGGAGAUCCGCAGGGAUGGCAUUCCAGUUUUGGAUACCGGGGAGAAUCCUGAGGCCCCCAUGCCCCGGGAGAUGAUUGACUUGGAGGUAAAGUUUGAAAAACUAGAAAAUGAACUGAAAGAAGUGAAUAGCAAUGCAGAGACCCUGAAAAGGAACUACCUGGAGCUGACAGAGUUGAAGCACAUUCUCAAGAAGACUCAGGUCUUCUUCGAUGAGGCUAUGUAUCCCCCCAACCUUCCUUACGACCAAGAUGUGUUUUUUGACGACGAACAAGUCAAUCUGCUGACCGACACAUCACUUCACCAGCUCAAGCAUAUUGGGUUUGUUGCUGGUGUCAUCCUUCGUGAGAGAAUUCCUGCCUUCGAACGCAUGCUGUGGCGGGCAUGCAGAGGAAAUGUUUUCCUUAGACAAGCUGAAAUUCCAGAACCACUUGAAGACCCCGCCACUGGUGAACAAGUGUACAAGUCCGUGUUCAUCAUAUUCUUCCAAGGAGACCACUUGAAGAUGAGAGUAAAGAAAAUCUGUGAAGGCUUCCGUGCCACAAUGUACCCUUGCCCUGAGGCCCCAGCAGACAGAAGAGAGAUGGCUAUGGGAGUAAAAACACGUCUGGAUGACCUGAACACUGUGCUGAGUCAGACGCAGGACCAUCGUCACCGCGUGCUGGUCUCUGCUGCACGUAACAUUCGUGCUUGGAUGAUGAAGGUGUGGAAGAUAAAGAGCAUAUACCACACACUCAACAUGUUCAACUUGGAUGUGAUACAGAAUGGCUUGAUCGCAGAGUGCUGGAUCCCCGUCGCCAAUCUAGAGGACGUUCAGCUGGCUCUGAGGCGUGGCACGGAGAAAAGUGGGAGUCUGCCAGCCAUCCUCAACAGGCUCAGCACACAAGAGGCUCCCCCAACCUUUCACCGCACCAAUAAGUUUACUAAGGCCUUUCAGGCAUUAAUUGAUUCCUAUGGAGUUGCUACUUAUAGGGAAAUUAACCCAGCCCCAUACACAAUCAUCACGUUCCCCUUCCUGUUUGCCAUAAUGUUUGGUGACCUUGGCCAUGGCAUGAUCAUGGCACUGUUUGGGGCUUGGAUGGUGUGGCGGGAGAAGCCCCUGUCAGCAAAGAAGACAGAUAAUGAGAUUUGGAACAUAUUCUUUGGUGGCCGCUACAUCAUCUUCCUCAUGGGUCUGUUCUCCAUGUACACAGGACUCAUUUAUAAUGAUGUGUUUUCCAAGUCCCUGAAUAUCUUUGGGUCAUCAUGGCAUGCCAAUAACUACACUGCAUCAACUCUCCAGUCAAACAAGGAGCUCACUCUGGACCCAGGUAACACCAAGCAGUAUGACCAGACCCCAUACCCCUUUGGCUUGGACCCAAUGUGGCAAAUUUCAAACAACAAGAUCAAUUUCAACAACUCGUACAAAAUGAAAAUCUCAAUAAUCUUUGGCAUCGUCCACAUGAUGUUUGGAGUUAUACUCAGUGUCUGGAAUCAUAGGUUCUUCAACAGACCAAUGAACAUCUACUGUGAGUUCAUUCCUCAGCUGCUGUUCUUGUUUUGCUUGUUUGUAUACCUGGUGCUGCUAGUUUUCCACAAAUGGGUGUGGUAUGGUGCUGGAGGAGACCCAGCCUCAUCCCCCAGCUGUGCUCCCUCAAUCCUUAUAACCUUCAUCAACAUGGUACUAGUGAAGGGGUACCAGAAGCCAGACCCAGGCUCACCUUGCUCCCCAUACAUGUUUGGUGGUCAGUUCGAGAUACAACGGUUCCUUCUCAUUGUGGCCCUGAUCUGUGUGCCCUGGAUGCUAUGUGCAAAGCCAUUCAUUCUUUAUCGUGCAAACAAACGAAAGCAACUGGUGAUGCAGGCCAAUGGAGGAGAAGGUGUAGUGGAGGAAGGUGGUGCUGGUGGGGCCAGUGCUGAGGUGGUGGAGGAGCACACUGACAUGGGUGAGGUGAUGAUUCAUCAAGGAAUACAUACCAUCGAAUAUGUGCUGGGCAGUGUCUCUCACACUGCCUCCUACCUGCGACUCUGGGCGUUGUCCCUCGCCCAUGCACAGUUGAGUGAAGUGCUCUGGGGAAUGGUGCUUCGCAUCGGCCUCACAACAGGAGGAGAGGGCGGCGCUGGAGGCAUCUGCAUGUACUUAAUGUUCGCCUUUUGGGCAACACUGACUGUAGCCAUCUUAGUGUUGAUGGAGGGCCUUUCAGCCUUCCUCCACACUCUUAGGCUGCACUGGGUUGAGUUCCAGAGCAAAUUUUAUAGUGGUACAGGCUAUCCCUUUGUACCAUUUGCAUUUGAAACCAUUCUAGACCAAGCAGAAAAUACUGGUGCAGAACAGUAAAGGUCAACAACUAGUCUGUGAAUAUGGUUGCCUUAUGCCUCCAGAUGAAGGUAUGGCUCCCUGCGACUAACUAGAAUGUUAACAAAAUCAUUAAUGAUAGCUACAGGGGAUCAUGACAAAUUUCUCAAGUUCAGUAGUUCCUAAUUUAGCUGUAGUGCAUGGGAAGAAAUGUGUUCAUUUGACAGCAAAAGGAUGAUGUUUUAAGUUAUUCCUGUAGCUCAUCUUAAAGAUUUAUCAUUGUAGAAUUAUAAAGAAGCACAUUACAGACAGAACUAGAAUUAUAUUAGAACUCCUUAGGAUAUAAAUUUUCCCUUAAUCAAUCAGUAUUUAUCAUUAAAGUAUGAGAAAUGCAUGUGUGUGUGUGUGUGUCCAAAGGGGCUGAAAAGUAUUCUCAUUUUGUGAUGCAUUUUAGGCAUAGAAUUUUGGAAAUGCAAUUAACAUAACCCCAAAACCUUAAAUUUGUUUGACUAUUCUGUUUAUCUCCUUUCAUAAUAUAUCCUCAUUUCCCUAAAUGGUUAUUGACCCAAAUGGUCGCCAGUCAUAUAAUUUAUGUAUGUCUGUUGUUGUAAACUCUGGUGUAAAGUUCUGUGGUUUAAAUAGCUUCAUCCUGUUCCAUGACCAGUGUAAAAUUUUGUGAACACUAGAACUCGGCAUGUCUGAAACAGAUUUAACCGUUAUAAAGAAAAUAGGAUUUGAUGAAUGUUAAUGAUGAAAUGUGUUUGUGAUAUUAUUGACCAAGAUGAGUGAUUAGUCUGCAUUAGGCCAUAGUGUGUUUAGAGAUAGUGGGCUAAUUCAUUACUUGUGAGACUUAAAAUCUGAUGCUGAAUAUGGACAUUUUUUGUACAGUGGAUUUAACAGUAACAUAUAUCUACACCAGCAUACUCAAUAGGGAUGCUGCGAAAAAAAAUAUUAUGAGAAUCAGUAUGUAGCCAUUAAGAUCAAAUCUAAAUACCUGAAUUGGCUUUAGACUUUCUUUAGAGUAAAACAUUCAUGCAAAUUUUAAAAAAAUGAAUAAAAAGAUAUUGUUAUGGAAUGCAGUCAAGUGUAAAGAGUAGUGCUGUAGUGUCAAUAAUCAGAGCCCAGAUCUUCUUACUGAAAGAGUAUGUCAUAUUAAAAGUAACGCUAUAUAUAUAUAUAUAUAUAUAUAUAUAUAUAUAUAUAUAUAUAUAUAUAUAUAUAUCUAUAUAUAUAUAUAUCUAUAUAUAUAUAUAUAUAUAUAUAUAUAUAUAUAUAUAUAUAUAUAUAUAUAUAUAUAUAUAUAUAUAUAUAUCAGUGCAUCCUUUAUUGAUAUAACUUACAGUAUCCAGUGUAAUCAACUGUAUUCAUGUGUUUGGCAUGUCUAGUAAUACUUUAAAGAGUAGUUAUUCAAUAUCAUUGAGGUGAUUAGCCAUAUAGAAUCCAUCUUAUACCUAUUUAUUGCAUUGCAAAUCAUAGUGUUGCAGCUGCUUGACCAAAUAAUCCCAGCAUUCAAUAUUGCAUCCCUAUAACUUUCUUUACUGUCCCUAUUACUUUAGUUUUGCAUAUGUUGCUCAGAUACUACAUAGAAAUGUUUAUUUCAAUAUGGUGAUAAUUUUCUAUUUCGUAAUAAGAGUAACAAUAGGUUUCAUUCAAAACAUUGAUAUAAUCUUAAAAACAUUGUCAAAUGGUAAAAUUUAGUAUGGUUAUCAAGAGUUAGCUGCACUUUAACCCUUUUUUUUUUUGUGUGUGUGUGUGUGUGUGUUUUGUCAGUGUCCUAAAAGCAUGCAUGAACAUUGUCAACAUGUGACAUACCAAGCUACUGUGUUCUUAAAUUUAAUCUCUACUAAUGAGGCAUAUCAGCACACCUUGUUGCCACACCUAUUAUGAUCCCCUGAAGGCAGGAAACCUCUCCAUAGUCAGGUAGGAUGACAGGAAGAAGGAAAAAAGAAGAAACAUAUAGAAAUAAAGGCAAAACUUUCAAAUCAUCUUUUCUCACAAUUAGAUAAUGACAGGUUAAUUCUAUUCUGUGGUUAUAACAUCUCAUAAAAGAGAGAGAGAGAGAGAGAGAGAGAGAGAGAGAGAGAGAGAGAGAGAGACUAGAUUUCUUCCUGCGAUUUUCAGAACCCAGGAGAUGGGCUGUGUACCCUUCAGAAAAUAUCAUGGAGGGAGUACACACAUAGAAUCUCUUAAUUUGUUUCAACUAAGCUUUUAAUGAUCCAUUUCAAUAGCAGGCUUAUGACACUAAAUGUUGUAUUGUUUAUUCUUUAAGCAUUUGCAGCUAUUAUUAAAGAAUAUAUCACACAAGCUCAUUUUGGGAGGGUGCUAACUGUGGAUUGAGAGUCGUAUGUGAUCAGACACAAAUACAGUUUGAGGUAUUGUUGUCUUUAUAGAAGCCAAGCCUUGAUGGUCACAAUUAGUUUUUCUUUAUUCUUAUGGAAAUCUUUUUUUGAAAACAUGCGUAAAAAAUAACACACCCAAGCUGAAUUGAGUGUGAAUGUUGAGUGAAUAAGAAAGUUGUCAUUUUUGGUAAAAAUAAAAAAAAAGUAACUUUAGGUGUCAUUUGUAAUCAGUUAUUUUUUGUAUAUCACUUGAAGAGGGUAGAGUGACUUCAGUUGUGGAUGAUUCACUGCUCUCCAUUAAUAAGUGAAUAAAUUAUUAUGGUCAAAAUCAUUAAAUAAUACUUGUUGGAAGUUCUACUCAUUUUAUAGUGGGCAAAAUGAGACCAGUAAUAAAUUGAGAGAAAACACCUUUAAAAAAAAAAAUGCAAAAUCAACUCCCUUACAUAUUCAGGAUAUUCAAAAAAUGACAAAGCACACUUAGUCAAAGGAGGAAAGGUAUAGGAAAGUGGGGAGAGUUAUGGAAGCAGAGUUCAUGAAUUAGAGUUGGACCUUUUUAACUCUACAGUCACAACCUGACCUCAAACCUUAUCUUAAUGUGAUGUGAGAAACCAUACACUCCUUGGGACUGCAGUAUGACCUUGGUCAAAGUCAGGGUCUGGGAUGGUUAAUCAUUAAUUUAAUGGUGUGUAGUGUGGCAUAUAUCAUGGGGUAAUCUUUCCUCCUCUGAUUGUUGUUAAUGUAUACCAUAGGCUUGAUGGGCCUCAUUUGCCCUGCCUAUAGUGAGAAAGAGAUUGUGGUGAUGACAUUUAAUCGAUGGAAGUAUGUGUGUGUGUGUAUAUAUAUAUAUAUAUAUAUAUAUAUAUAUAUAUAUAUAUAUAUAUAUAUAUAUAUAUAUAUAUAUAUAUAUAUAUAUAUAUAUAUAUAUACAUAUAGCUAAAUGUUUGUUUGUUUUCAUGUUCAACAUGAAAGAUAGCAAACUGUGGGUUGAAAAAACUGUGUUGAUAUUUUUCAUUAUGCAUGCAUGUUAUCAAUGGAAAAUUACAUUAUUAUUUAUUAUAUCAGUGUUAUUGAUUUCAUAUGUUUACAAAAAUAAUCACUUGAUCUGCCUUGUAACUUCUGCCUAGUCACUUGGUUCAGUAAUAAAAUAUAUUGUUUAGAAAAUAUCA